AUGUCAUCUCAACCCAGCACUUCAACUUCGACUCAAUUACACUGGCCACCUUCUGUCACCAGUUUCCAGGAAGCACUUGCUAUGAUUCCUCUACCCCCAAACCUAUCUGCAAUUUCAGGAGCAUGUGAACGAUGGCCAUCAGUGAUCUUAGUGAUGCUCACACACAGCUUUCAUGAGGACAGAAAACACUUGCAAUUUGAUGAAGAUGGAUUCUACACAUCGACUACGGACCACUACCAAACAGGCACCAGCAAAUAUCAAAAGGUGUCUUCAGAUGACAAGAUGCAAAAUUGUCGCGUGCACACCACACAUGUUGAGAUAAUCAUGGCUCAUAUAUUUGAUUUGUGUGCCAUCCUUGACAGACUGACAGGUGGUUCAACCAUUUUCAUGCAUCAUCCAGGCGCCACACCUCCAGGCACACCCAUCAUUCCUGAAUCUCUCAAUGCCAAUGUCUACAUUAACCCCAAGAUCCUCAUUGAGCACCAUGAACUACAUCCUGUGGUCGCUGAGAUCACCCAACUCUUCCUUUCUAGAUAUGCAGCUCCUCUCACUCAAAGCUUUAUGCUGUCAUGCACUAAUAAAGGAUGGAGAGCAGGAAGUUCGCAAAUGCAAAUGCAAACUCCUACUAAGGGCAAAGGCAGGGCAAAGACUAGCCUAUUGCCACUUGUCUCACCUCCAAUCACCCCAUCACCUUCACACUUUGUUCUUCCAGACCACCCAGAUGGCUCACUGGAGGUCCUUCUAUCAUCCAACUUGCGUAUCUUGUUACAAGUAACAUCGGUCACGUGGCCCCCCUAUCAUUUUCCCUUCAUCCUCGCCCUCACCAUCUACUGGCUCGUCCUCCUUUACCGACUUUCCAUUGACCGGAUCCUCAGGACCGUUCCCAUCCCCCACAUCAUCUGCUUCCUGGCACGUGCACGCAUGUUCCUCCUAUGA